AAUUUGCCAUAGGCUUCUGCCAACAUUUGCCAAAAGUAAAAUAAAGUUAAUGCAAAACUAUUAAUUUAAGAUGCUGUAAUAUGGAAAUUGGGCAAGAGAAAACAUCAAGAUUGACUGAUUAAGCGUGCAAACAACUGAACUUAAUCUUCAAAAUGACGAAGAUAAUAGAAAGACGCCAAUCAACGAAUACAGAGCAUCAAUUUGGAGGCACGCUCUUUAGAUUUUUAAGUUAGCUCUUUACGUUAAUGCUAUGAAAGAAGAAAAAGGUCAGCGAAAUUUCAAAAAUGUACAUUUAUGGGAUAAUAUGAAUGUUUAAGAAUCAAAGAAACUACCUAGGCGACCUACGCGAAAUUAUCUACUAUUUAAGUAAUCGCUAUUCCCCUUUAAUAGUGUUCUAAAAAUCACAGAUAUUGACAUAAGAAAGUCGAGGUGAAGAAAGCAGAAAAAGAAGCAUUAAGAAUUGAAUAACUUUACAACGGAGAAAAACUAUAAAACUAGCCAACUCACAGAAACAUAAAUUUAGUAUACAUUCUAAGUUCUACACGCAAGCGGCACGACUGCGCUCACGAAAUAUAAAAUGUUUUCCAAAUUAUUUAUUUUCCACGCUUUGAUUGCUUUGAGUAUCGCCGAUGUCAGCCUUUUGAGUCGCGCAUAUUUGCCACCCCACCAUAGUAAACCACAUGCAAUUGAACCUGCAAAGCCGCACCAACCACAAGUGCAACAUGUUGCAGUUCCACACGAGCAACCGGAUAUUAUAUUACUCGACGAGUCGGCCAAUGGCAACUCACAUGCUCUAAGGGAUGUCGAGCAAUCGCUGGAUAAAGAUCCCAUUACAAUAGCAAAGCAAAGUUUCACAGAUGAUAACGCCUCCAGUGAAUCCGUAAGCGAUCCAUUCUUUCAACCUGGUAUUGGUGGCUUUCCAGGCGCUGGAUUUCCACCCAGCUUUGUUGGACCACUAUAUCCGGGACAAGGUUUUACAGGAGCUGGCUUCCCGGGACAGGGUUUCCCUGGACAAGGCUUUCAGGGUGCUGGCUUCUCGGGACAAGGUUUCCCUGGACAAGGUUUUCCUGGCGCAGGCUUCCCGUCACAGGGCUUGCCAGGACAAGGCUUCCCUGGACAAGGAUUUCCGGGACAAGGAUUUCCGAGUGCAGGUUUUCCAGGACAGGGUUUUUCGGGAGCUGGCUUUCCUGGACAGGGUUUCCCUAGCCAAGGCUUCCCAGGACAGGGCUUCCCAGGACAGGGCUUUCCUGGACAGGGUUUUCCUGGCCAAGGCUUCCCUGGACAAGGCUUUCCUGGACAGGGUUUCUCCGGCCAAGGCUUUCCAGGACAGGGCUUUCCGGGAGCCGGUUUUCCAGGACAAGGCUUUCCCGGCCAAAUCUUCCCAUCACAAGCGGGCGGUUUUCCAGGCUUACCUUACCAAACAGCUUCACAGCAACAGUCCGGCGGCGAUUUCAACAAACCACAGCCCGUAGACGGUCUUAACCCUCGUAUGCAAGCAACGCCCAUAGCCAGCGAUACAGUUUAUGGCGCAAGCGGUGGUUAUGUCUACGACAAGCCCACAUAAUUUUUUUCCCAUUCCUAUUUUGGAAUUACUACGUGUUUACUUUAAGAUGAUUUUUAUUUGAUUUUAUGUGUUUUUUAUUAUUCUCUUCUUCUUUUACGAAGUUAAUGCUAAUUUUUCCAUAGUUGGAGGCUUUUAAUGCGCGGAAUCAAUUAGUAUUUUAGCACUCGGCGGACGAAACAAUGCGAAAGUGUAACACUUACAGUUAUGUAAAACAUUUCUAUUUCAUUUUUCUGCUGAAUAAAUUAUUUAUUUGAAAAAUAUUAA